AUGGGGUCCCACAGGUCGAUGAAUCGGCGGCAAGCCGCCGCCCUGCGCCUGUCUUGCUUGGGCAGCUUUGUCAGCUGCCGGUUGGCCCAGAUGCCCAACUGCAGCGCGGUCGAUCCCGCGACGAUGAUGCCCCUCUUCCCCACCACCAACUGCAACAACGCCUCGCAGGACGUCGUGGUGCCGUACAGCCAAGCGGACUGUCCGUACCCGCUCCAAUUCAAUGAACGCGGCACGGUUGCCGACGGGUCGCUUUCUCUCUCGGCCGACGAGCAGAUAUGCGUCUACCCGUGCCCCGCACCCAUGUUCACGCCGAGCGACUGGCACGCCUCCGCCGGCAUCACCAUCAGCCUGGCCAUCUUGUCGACCGCGAUGAUGCUCUUCCUCGUCAUCACCUACAUCCUGAGCCCGAGAAAGCGGCGGUUCCCGACCUCCUUCCAGCUGUGGGUCUGCGUGUCGUCGCUCAUCUCCUCGAUCGGCAUCGACAUUGCGGUCGUGGUGGGCGGGCCGGAGCGAACGAACUGCACCUGGGACGACACGCCGGUGCUGCAGACCUUCGCCGGUGCCCGGGACAACGACGGUCAGGGCGUCGUGUGCAUAUUGCAAGGAAUGUUGAUAAUGUUCGGCGGGCUGGCGGGCAGCUUCUGGUGGGUCAUGCUCGCCUACACCGUCUUCCAGUUUCUCGUCUUCGAGCUCGCCUCCGACCGUGCGCGGAGAGCACAAUUCGAGGCGAGAGCGGCCGGGCACAAUUGCUUCGUUGUGUCUCCCUGGGACUGGGGUCUCUUCUACGCACCCAUCUGCCUCAAUCUCGCCAUCGGCACCACCUUGAUGGUGAUCUCCAUCAUCAAAGUCCUGCGGGUGCGGUUUCACAUUAAGGAGCAGGUCCUUCGCCUGGUCAUCUUGAUUGCGGUCUACUGGCUCAUCUUCGUCUACCUCAUCUUUUACCGCGUCUACAUCGAAGUCGUCCUCGAUGAUGUUAAGGCCGCGAUCGGGGAUCAGAUCGUGUGCAGUGCCGUUACGGGCCAGGAAUGCAGCACGGAGAAGGAGAUCAACAAGGGCGCGUGGUAUCUCCAGGCGCUCACCCUCAGCGGCCAGGGGGUCAUCAUUUUCUGUUGCCUCGGCAUGUCCAAGGAUACGUUCACGUUUUGGCAGAGGCUGCUGCGUAAUUGGCGCGAUCCGAUGUCGGUCAUCCUGCAUGACACCAACAAGAACGGCAGGAGCGGCAGCAUCUCGUCGCGGCACGCGGGCCGGCCGCGCUCCAGCUCUUUCUCCAUGCCCGACCCAGCUGAAGGAGCAGCCCGCACGCAGCGUUCCAUCGAGACCUCGGAAGAGCUCGACGCUCUCUGA